AGGCCCCACCUCCGUCCGCAUCCCACUGCAUCCCACUUCGCAACCUCCGGUUCAUUCAACCACGUCCUUUCUUGCCCCAGCCUGCAUACAAAACCACUCGCGCCGCUGCCCAACCUCUGCCGCAUUGCUUCACCGGUCUUGGAAAAACACACAAGAUCUCAAAAACCCACAUUACCCGUUCGCAAUCAGCACACAAAACAAGAUGGCCUCAGACGAGAUGGAAGUCGACGAGCCCGUGUCGCCGCAGCAGGGUUCCGGCAAUGACACCAGUUCGGCCAAGCUAGCCGCCAUGCAGACACAGACCAAGGCGACCGCCGUGCGGUCCAUCGAAGGCUGGAUUGUCAUGGUGACAAACGUGCACGAGGAGGCGGACGAAGAGGCAAUCCACGAUAAGUUCGGCGAGUUUGGCGAAAUCCGGAAUGUACACCUGAAUCUAGAUCGGAGGACGGGGUACGUCAAGGGCUACGCGUUGAUCGAGUACACCACGCUGGAAGAGGCGCGCGCCGCAAUCGACGGCGCCAACGGCACUGAGCUCCUGGACCAGACUGUCAAGGUAGACUUUGCGUUCGUGCGGCCCCCGCCUGGCAAGGCAAAUCCACGACAGGGUGGCGCAGCGUCCGGCGCGGCUAGGGGAUCGAAUCGCGGGGCGCGCAGUGGCAGGAGUCGCAGCCGGAGUCCGGACGUCUCUAAGGAGGACGUCUUGUGAAGCUGUCGAGGGGAAUGCUAAAGGAGACCAUUUAGAAGCUCUCUACCUGGCGAGGCUAGGCGUGACUGGAUGGGGAGGUAAACGGCGGCCUCUUAUCACAUAAGAAUUUGCCGAUGUGUCGUCAAGAAGAAGGGAAAAG